AUGUCGUCUCUCCAGGAGAACGCGCCGCUGCUGCGUCGCCCGGCGAAAUCAUCGCGCGGCGUAUCCGCCGCGCGCGUCGCCUCCGCGGUCGCGCUCGUCCUCGGCGUCGCGCUCGCGGCGUUCGUCGCGACGACGCGCGGCGCGACCUCGAUCGAGAGCUCCCAGGUCGCCCUCGGCGCCGAGCGCGCGCCGCGCGUCGCGACGCUCGCGGCCGCGGACGGCGACGACGCGGACGCGCCCGCCCCGGCGCCGUCCGCUGACGACGCCAACGCGACCGCCCCGGCGCCGUCCGGCGACGACGCCAACGCGACCGCCCCGGCGCCGUCCGCUGACGACGCCAACGCGACCGCCCCGGCGCCGUCCGCUGACGACUCGGCUGACGACGCCAACACGACGUACGUCGCCGCCGAUUCGUCCGCCGCGGACGCGGAGGCCGAUAAGAAGGCCAAAUUCAUAAAAGCCGCCGAGGAGGCCGCGACGGCCGCGAACAAGCACCUCGAAGACAUCCUCGAGAAACUCACCGCGGCGGAGAACAAGUUAAGCGAGAAGCUCACCGGGAACACAGAUUUGGGCGGAAGGAUCCACGACAGGACCGACUUCGUUCAGAAGGCGUUGCAAAAAGUCGAAAAAUUGCACCACGCGCUCGAGGGCUCGCUCGCGAACAUCGACAAGGAUAUUUCCGACGAUCAAGCCAAAUGCUACCUCCAUCGGUACCGGGACUUAAGAGGAGCCUUCGGACACAACAUCGCGCGUGCGAAAAAACACUGGGUGGACCACGGGAGACACGAGCACCGCACGCUCGACUGCGAUUACAUUACCAACGAAGAAGCCCAGUGCUACCUCAACAGGUACUCGGACUUACGCAGAGCCUUCGGACACAACAUCGGUGCCGCGAAAAGACACUGGAAUAAACACGGGAAGAAAGAGGGACGCGAUAAAGAAUGCGAUUCUCAUAAACAAGUGAAGAGUAGCAAGGCCAAAUUCACGAAGAAGAUCGCGGCGUUCAAGACCCGCGCGGCUGACCUCAAGGAGAAGUUGAAAGCCCUGGAGGUCCGAACGGCUGACACGCAGAAACAGCACGACGCGCUCCAAGCGAAGGACGAAGACGCGAAGAAGAAGGUGGCGACGGCGAAGAAAGCCGUGGACGAGACGCCGGCGACCCCCCCCGCGGAGGGCGCCUCCGUGGCGUGCCUCGACGGCAAGGGGACGGGGGUCUUACGCGUCAUGAACGACGGCGGCCGCCUGCGCCAGUACGCUUCCAUGGCUAACGUGCACGAGUGGGACCCGUCCGGGAAGAUCACGAAGAUCGACUGCGCGCCGUACGACAUAAUAACCGAUCCCAGGCUGACCUCCAAGGCGGCCUACGACGCGGAGCUGAAGGAAAAAGCGGAGCAAGCCGCGAUCCCCCCCGAGGGCGCCUCAGUGAAGUGCCUCGCCGGCGUCCCCCCGCUCACGGAGUGCGCGGCGUGCAAGAACACGACCAUCUACCGCGUCAUCGACGACGUCGGAACGCUCAGCGCGUACGACACCCCCGAGAUCGCGAGCUCGUGGGGCAUGGAACCGGUCGUGAAGAACGACUGCUCGAAGUACCACAUCAACGGCACGAUCACGGAGACGAAGGAGGAGCACGAAGCCGCGGCGAAAGCGGCCGCUGACGCCGCCGCCGCGGAGGCGGCGGCGAUGCAGAACCAGCCGACGAUGGACAGAAUCGCGAACUUGACGACCGACAUCAAGAAGGUCGGCGCGAAGCUCAACCAGACGUCCCUGGCCGAGGUCAAGGAGACACUCGCGAACACGAGCGCGAUCGUGGGGACGAUCUCGAGCAAGCAGCCGGAGAUCGCCGCCGCGAUCGAGGCGUUGAAGAAGAAGCUCUCGGACUCGUCGCUCACGAUCGCGGAGAAGAAGGAGCUCCUCGAGAAGAACAACGUGACGAUCGCGGCGCUGAGAGCGAAGAUCGUGGAGCUGAACGCGACGAACGCGGAAGAGCACGCGACCUUGCAGAACACCCUCGCGAACCUGUCGAACAUGACGUCGAGAGCGGAGGCGUACAAGGCGAAAAUGGACGCGAUGGCGAACGAAACACACGUGCCCGUCGCGGUCGACAUGCCCGCGCCCCCGGUGCCGACGUCCCCCGUGCACGACCGGGCUCUCGAGGAGCACGACAUCGCGGCCAUGUUCGAGCACGAGCUCAAGGAGAUUAUCAAGCAUCUCGACGCGCAGUACAAUAAAACCCACGACCACGACGACGACCACGACGGCGACAUCGACGGCGACCACGACGGCGACCACGAACACCUCGCGGAACACUUCUUCGAGCCGCCGCUGAACCACGAGGUGGGCGACCUCCCGGCGGGAUUCCCGACGGCGAUGGAGGAUCACGCGGGCAUCCAGAACGGCGUCGCGUUUAUUGAAAACUGCGGCGUCCCGCAAGACAUCGUCGAUUUCCUCAACAAGACCGACUCCAACAUCGAGAAGCUCGAGGAGUACUUCAAAGAUCACCCCCACUACGGGACUUUCGACAUCGCCGCGAUGCUGAAGGAGAUGGAGACGACGUGGAAAGAACACGGCGUGUGCCACCUCGACGACGAUGAUGACGACGAUCACUACAAUUACGAUCCGACCGGGAAGAUCCAGAAGCCCGACGACCCGGCCCAAGCGGCGGCGCUCAAGGAGCAGAUCGUGCAUCCGACGCCGCCCUCGGAGGUGUAGCUGCUCGGAGCCCGGAGCAACAAGCACCACAAGAAGCACCACAAAGACAAGAAGCACCACAAAGACAAGAAGCACCACAAAGGCUCCGCCGGCAGCGUCCAGCCGAAUUGAGUUUUUCUUUUUCCUCCGCGACGAGCGCUGGGGGCGCGCGCGCGCGCUCGUCGCUUUACUCACGUUUUAAUGUAUAUACUUCACGAGCGA